CAAAAUAUAUUUUGGUUAUUAUUUUUUUUUUGCAAUCAACAACUUUCAUGUAUAAUGAAAUAAAUACAUUCAUCAAACUUAAUAUCAUAUUUAAUAACAGCUAGAGGUACCAAUUUGCAGAUGUCUAUGGAAAAUUUGUAUGAUAAUCUUGUGGCCAACAAAAAAGGAUACAAUGAAUGAUGACUUAUUAUUGUAAGAAAUCUUUCAGAGUUGUUGUUGUGUACUUCCACAUUCCAUGGAGACAGGUUUUUCCUUCACUUUUCAGCAUUUAAAAAGUGAUAAUUUCAACAGGAUGCUUGAGCUGUCACGGUGCUGCUGCUGUUGUCUGCCAUCAUCCCCCUGACACAGACCACCCUGCAGACCACCUUCAUCCUGGGUGCCACACGUCACUGCUGCUACAACUCAGAGCAACUGGAGCGCAAGCCAGGAAGGGAGAUAUGUUGCCACGGUGACGGUGGUGGUGGGCAUGACACAGAUGCAGGAGGUGGAGUUUGUGCCCGAUGGAGACAUGCAGCUGGACAAAUUGUGUUGGUCAUUGGUCAGACUGGAGUUUACAUGUGUACCUCCUUCACCAUCAUUGGUGGACACUUCACCUUGAGUGAUGCUUGAGCUGUCAUGGUGCUGCUGCUGCUGUUGUCUGCCAUCAUCCCCCUGACACAGACCACCCUGCAGACCACCUUCAUCCUGGGUGCCACACGUCACUGCUGCUACAACUCAGAGCAACUGGAGCGCAAACCAGGAAGGGAAAUGGUUACCUUCUUGUUGAUGUGCAAUCUUGCUAUGUGGGCGAUGAACACCUCUGAGACAUCACGAGCAGAUGCCCAUCCAGCACAGCUCAACUUGUAUGGAAUCUGGACCUGGACCAUCAUAUCAAUGCCACUGGCUUUGAUAUGUGUUUGAUAUGGCUUCUAUUGCUUUCAAGUGACCAUCUGCCUCUGUGAAAUAUGGAAGAUCUUACAAGCUCAAGCAUGAGUAUUAAGCAAGUUAUAGGAAUGCUAGUAUGAGUGUGGUGUGUCUGAAUUAGCUGUCAGAGUAUUGUAAAUAUUAUUACUUAGUCUUCCCAGUUAUGAAAUUAAGAACAGUUGUGAAGUUUGCUUUAAAACCCUUCAUUAACUUUGCCACAAAACACUUUUACAUGUUAUCAAAAGUGUGUAACUGUUAUGAUGUGUGCAUAUAUAUCAUUACUACAGAAGAAUCUGGAAUUUCCCCUCAGAUUACUUUAAUGAAUGAAGCUUGAGUUCACAGAUGUGUGGUUUGUAAAUUUCACCUGUAUUCUCUUCUCUAUGGCAGUCUGUUCUGGCAAAGUUUCAUUUGUCAAAAGCAUUACAGUUUGUAAAUGAUGUGUCUUCAUAUGCCUUCACUAGCAAUUAUGAAUUACAUUGUGGUCAUGGAUUUUGUUCUUUUAAUACAGUUGCCUCAAGAUAUUCUGAGCUUUACAAUGCUGUCUUUAGUACACUGCAAGAAAAUACAGAAAUUUCAUGUGGCAACAUUUAUUUUUAAAACAUUAUUUAUUACUUUUAAAAAUAGCAAUGUGGGGCUUCCUUAAUGCAAAUAGUCUUGCCCCAAAAAACUUGUGAUGUCAGACACUAACUUCUCUUAACACAGCACAACCAAAACCACUCAAAAUUAUACAUUAAUUUUUUUUAUAGAGCAACAUGUGUGGAAAGUGCUACCAGAAAUAUUUGCAUAACAAAUAUUUGGUUCUGGACCUUAGCACUUAUACAGUACUGCACUAACUUACACACAAGGUUAAUUAAUGAUGUAAUACUCAGGUGAAGCUGGAUUUUCAAAAGACUGAUCAAUAUUUUUUCCCAGAUGUCAUUUUUAUGCAGCUGACUGAAGGAGAAAACACUGCAAAGCUCACAGUAUUCUUCUUAAAUCUUACUAAAAUGUAUGCGCAUCACUUUCUGAUUUCACCCCAAUGGCACACAAACCAAAAUUCAUGGGUAUGGAGAUGGCUGGACUACUUCCUGUGGCCACCCCUGUUAUAUCUUAAUUUCCCACUGUCUUUCCUGUGUGCUGGUUAAGCUACUCACUGCUGAAGUCCCUGGAAACUAGGUAGAAUAAUUUAGAAUGACAUGGUUAAGUUAAUGCUGAUAAAAUCUCAUUUGUAAUAUUCAGGAAGAUUGAAUUAUUCUUCCUCUGUUGAAGCAAAAUGAUAUAACAUUGACUAGAAGCUUUCACAAUAUUUAUAAGCUUUCUUGUAUCAGAGAUCUUUUGAAAAUCCAACCAUUAAUUUGUAAAUACUUGUAUAGUGUAGCUGGCAUGAGGGUUGCAGUCUUCAUUAUUUACUAGUGGACAAGCAACAAGUGAUGGUGUGGCUCUGAGCCACUGUAGUAGGGAUGUUAUGGUCAAACCUCCAUACAUUACUGUCUCUAUCCAGUAUGAGACCGGUGUUCAAGAAGCACAAGCAUGUGCUGAAUAACAAGAAGCCGGCGUGGCUCAAGAGGAAGAGUGAGUAGGACGAGAAAAAACAGAACAAAUAAAUCCCCUACACGUGUUGUCUCCAUUGACACAAGCCAUGAAAAGCUUGUCCAUCUCUGAGUGCUAAGGAGCAGUGUGUUCAACUGAUGAUGUGGAAACUUGAGACAGCCAAUCAUUUAAUGGACUUUAGUAGGUUUUGUCACCAGUCUUCUGUGUGUCACUCACUACAUUUUGAAAUUUUUACUUGUUCUAUUUAAU